AUGAAGUUAAAAGUAGCUAGAGAGCUUCAGAUGAAAAAUAUUCCAACUAUAAAGUUUAAAAAACUUUUCAUCAAUGAAGAAUUUGUGGACUCAGUUUUAGGAAAAACUUUUGAAACUGUUGAUCCAAGAACAGAAGAAGUAAUUAUAGAAAUUGCUGAAGCUACCAAAGAAGAUGUUGAUAUUGCUGUCAAAGUUGCACGCCAAGCGUUCGAUAAUGGUCUGUGGCCACGCAUGUCUGGUGCUGAAAGAGUGAAGAUCAUGGUGAAAUGGACGAUAUUGAUCGAAGAAAACAUAGAAGAAGUUGCAGCAUUGGAUACAAUUGAUGGAGGGAAGUUGUAUAGUUGGUGUAAGGUUGUUGAUGUACCUGAAGCGGCUAAUAUCUUGCAAUACUAUGUUUGUGCUGCUAAUAAGAUUCAUGGAGAUGUUGCUCCUUCUUUGGCUGCUGGUUGUACUAUGAUUCUUAAACCUACUGAACAAACACCUCUUUCUGCUUUGUUUUAUGCUCAUCUCGCUAAACAUGCUGAAAUUCCAGAUGGAGUAUUCAAUGUAGUACCUGGAUUUGGUGCAACUGCAGGAGCUGCAAUAAGCUCACAUAUGGAUAUUGAUGUCAGUUUUACUAGUUUAAUCGAAAUAGGCCGUCGUGUAAUGCAGGCGGUUGCGUUGAGAAAUUUGAAGCUGGUAUCGCUUAAGUUAGGAGGAAAGUCACCUAUCAUGGUUUUCGAUGAUGCUGAUGUUGAUAAAGCUUUUGAUCUUGCUCUAUUUGGAAUCCUUCACAAUAAGGGUGAAGUGUGCGUUGCAUUUUCAAGAGUUUUUGUUGAAGAAAGAAAAAAUAAAGCACAAUUUGAUAAAAUUCUUUCCUAUAUUGAGCAUGGAAAGAAUGAAAGAGCCACACUAUUACACGGGGUUAGGAAAGUGGGAACAAAGGAUACUAUAUUGAGCCUAUUAGACUCUCAUCACAUUGAUGUGAUUCUUGAGGGGCUUCCUAGUGAAUAUGCUCCAGUUGUUUCUGUUGUUGAGAAGCCUACUAUUUUUACCAAUGUUAAGGAUGAUAUGCUAAUAGCACAAGAUGAAAUAUUUGGACUUGUUAUGACACAUUCUAAGUUCAAGAACAUUGAUGAAGCAAUUAAGAAGGCCAACAAUACUAAAUAUGGCCUAGCAGCAGGGAUUGUGAACCAUAACUUGGAAAUUGCCUUCGUGCGGGUAUCAUUUGGAUCAAUUGCUACUUUGCCUUUGAUAAUGACUGCCCUUUUGGAGGUUAAAUCUAUUGCAACUCCUAUUUACAAUUCUCCAUGGCUAUGA